CAGCAGUCUCCAUUUGUGACUCUCGCUAGCGGUUCUGGUUUUGCAGCGAACACAGGAGUUCAGACUCAGGCCAAGCUGCCGCUCAACGGCUUGUCGACGGCAGACUCAACCUCCAGACAGAGGAAACCAUGCAACUGCACCAAGUCACAGUGUCUCAAACUAUACUGCGACUGCUUUGCAAACGGAGAAUUCUGCAGUAACUGUAACUGCAACAACUGCUUCAAUAACCUGGAACAUGAAACGGAGCGUCUCAAAGCUAUAAAGACGUGUCUGGAUCGAAAUCCAGAGGCCUUCAAACCCAAAAUAGGUAAAGGUAAAGAGGGCGAGUCGGACCGCCGACACAGCAAAGGCUGCAACUGCAAACGGUCGGGCUGCCUGAAGAACUACUGCGAGUGCUACGAGGCGAAGAUCAUGUGCUCGUCGAUCUGCAAAUGCAUCGGCUGUAAAAACUUUGAGGAGAGCCCGGAGAGGAAGACUCUGAUGCACCUGGCUGACGCAGCAGAAGUGAGGGUGCAGCAGCAGACGGCGGCCAAGACCAAACUGUCGUCGCAGAUCUCAGACCUGCUCAUGAGGACCACACCGGUUAUUUCAAGUGGAAGCGGGAGGCUGCCGUACACGUUUGUAACAAAGGAGGUGCUCGAAGCGACGUGCGAGUGUCUCCUGGAGCAGGCCAAGAAGGCGGAACAGACUCAUCAGCAUCAGCAUCAGCAUCAGCAUCAGGCGGAGGCGGAGCGGAUGAUCCUGGAGGAGUUUGGACACUGCCUCAUGAGGAUCAUCAACUCGGCAGGAAAGCCAAAGCAGACUGUGCCUCCAUCAACUGUUAGGCAGCUCUCUGGCUCUCCCUCGCCCCUCGAACCUAACCCGCCUCAGCUGUUGGCGGGGGGGGGCCGGAGACGUGGAUUACUUUACAUCCUCUUGUCUCGGAUUCCCUCCCCCCUCCAUCCCAAGGUGUCUCUCCAGCAGGGGAACGGUUGUGUCCCUCGUCAAAAGGCAGAACAAUGGGUUAAAAGUAGAUUCAGCCGCCUUUGA